ACUAAGGUGGAGCUGUUUCAGAUUUGGGAGGGGGCAUCUUUAGCUUAUGGUGAAGGAUGUCCUACUGGGGCAGCUGAGGACUGGGUGGCUGGCCUGGGUACCUGGGCAGGGUUGGUGGAUGUCACAAAGUCAGACGAAGGGAGGAACAGCCAUGAGGGAAGGUGUGUGUGGGAGAGGAGGGUCCAAAUAGUGACCAAGGUCCCUGGGACAGAGGCUGAGGCAUACUGGAGAUGCAAAUAGCAUGAUAGUGGGACCAGGGCUGAUGUUUAUUCACUUCUCUGUGGGCUCACCAACCUUCCUUGGCCACCCUCUUUGGGGCCUGAGGGUUUCAUUCAGGAUGGCAGAUUAGCUCAGUGGCAGUCAGCUGGGGAUGUUUCAGGCCUAGGGUGGGAGGUGGUGGAGCUGGGCUUUGAAUGUGCAUCAGGAGGAGAGAGGAAUACUGUGGUUGGUGAGAGGACAGCAUGGAGAAAGGCAGAGACUUGGAGGUCCCAGAGAUCUGUGUGGCCCACUCUGGGUAGCUGAGAGUUAAAGGUAGAAACUGAAGGAAAGGCUGGGUGCUACCUCUGGAAGUUGGAACUUUUGGAAGUCUGGCUCAGGAUGCGAUCCUGGUUGACUUUACCAAGUUAGGCACAUUCUGGACACCCAUUUGCAGAGUAAUAUGUAGUGUGGCUGAGAGGAUGAAUGGCUCAUGGGAUGGUGGUGGGGUCUGGAGAUGUGGGAUACAAAGAUGGAUGUGUACAUGCAGAGGGGGUAUGAGUUCAUGGACUGGGAGUCCUGGUAGCGGGGACCUAUGGGAGAUGAGCCACGGUUUGGUUGUUCUGGGAGGCAGGAUCUGGGAACCCAGGGGAAUUGCCUAGUAGGAGGCAGUGGGCCCCACAUACUAGGCCCAGAGCUUGUGGCAACUUAUCUGCCUGCCUACUGUGUGAAGGAGGACACCGUAAUCAGUCGGAUACAAGGAGACAGUGGCAGCCAUGGCAUUGGAGCUUAGGGAGAAGGAUGACCUAGGAGUGUGUUGGCAGGAGUGAUUUGGGGGUCAGAGACUAAACACCAGAAAGGUGGCAGCAUGUGGGGUCACAGGCCUAGGCCUAUAUGGGUUCGUCUGUGUAUUUGUUUUUGUUGUUAGUUUCUCUGCUGCCCUUUGGUCUGGUUGACUUAGCUGUCCUCCUCAUCAUGGCAGGGCUAGGGGACCUUUGAGGAUGUGGCCAUGUACUUCUCCUGGGAGGAGUGGGAGAUCCUUGAUGAAGCUCAGAGACAUCUGUACUGCGAUGUAAUGCUUGAGAACUUGGCGCUUGUGGCCUCACUGGGUUGUUGGUAUGGAAUGAAAAAGCCCCUCUUGAACAGUGUGUUUCAGGAGUGUUUCAGUUCAGAACCCCUAAGGCAGGUCCUUCCACCCAGAAGGACAUGUGUGGCCUUCCACCCACUUGUGACAUGUGUGGCCUGGUCUUGAAAGACGUAUUAUACCUGGCUAAGCAUCAGGCAAUACACCCUAGGUAGAAGCCAUACAAAUGUGAGACAUGUGGGAGAGGCUUCUGGCUCAGUACAAACUCUCACCAGCACCAGAAGGAGCACAGUGAAGAAAAACUCUUCACAUGCAGCCAGGACCUCCUCCAGCAUCAGACCACUCACACUACGGGGAAGCUGAACAGAAGCCCCGCACGCAAGGAGGCCUUCUAACCCAGCACCAGUUGCCAGCAGCAGCAGGCAGUCCAUGCCACACAGAAGCCCUUCAAGUGCAGCAACUGUGGGGGAGCCUUUCUGAAGGCGUUUAUGCUCCUUGACCACCUGAUAACUCACUCCAAAGAAAGACCCUUCAGAUGGCCAACAAGAAAUGCCCCUAAAGAGGACUCAACCUUUGUUCAUCACAAAAAAAAAACACAAUGGAGAAACAUCCCAUGUGUGUAAGGAAUGUGGGAAGGCUUUCAGCCAGCUUUUAAAACUGAGGACACAUCAGAAAGUUCAUACUGGAAAAAUGAAUCACAGUUGCAGUGAAUGUGGGAAAGCCUUCACCGGAAACACUCACUUGUUCAGCACCAGAGAGUUCACACUGGAGAACGGCCUUAUGGAUGUGGCUAGCGCGGGAAGGCCUUCACUCGUAGCUUCCAUGUUUUUCGGCACCAGAAAGUUCACAACACAAAGACCUUAUGAGUGUAGACAGUGCCGGCGAGUCUUUAGCUGUGUUGCCGAUUUUGUUGAGCACGAGAAAAUACACACGGGGGAAAGGCCUUAUGAGUGCAAAGAAUGUGGGAAAGCCUUCAUUAACAGCUCUCAUCUUGUUUGGCACCAGAAAGUUCACAACACAGAAACGCCUUUUGAGUGCAGUGAAUGUGGAAACGCUUUCUGGCAAACCUCCAAACUUAUUCUGCACCAAAGGAGUCAUAAUGGAGAAAGACCUUAUAAAUGCAACCAAUGCAGGAAAGCCUUCAGUUGCCCCUCCAACCUUGUUCCACACCAGCGAAUUCACACUGGAGAAAAGCCUUAUGAGUGUUCGGAAUGUGGGAAAGCCUUCAGUCAAAGCUCUGCCUUCAUUCAGCACGAGAAGGUUCACACUAGAGAAAGGCCUUAUAAGUGUAGUGAAUGUGGAAAAGCCUUCAUCUAUAGCUCUAACCUUGUUAAACACCAGAAAGUUCACACUGGAAAAAGGCCUUAUGAGUGCAGUCAGUGUGGGAAAGCUUUCAGUGAAAGCUCCAUCCUCAGCACCAGAGAGUUCACACUGGAGAAAAGCCUUACGAGUGUAACAAAUGCGGAAAAAGCUUUCCACUACAGCUCAAACCUCUCUAAACACCAGAAGGGUCAUAUUGGAAAAGAGCCUUUGGAGUGCAGUGGACAUAGGAAAGCCUUCAGCCAGAGCGCUAGCCUCACUCAGUACCAGAAAGGUCACACCAAAGAAAACACUUAGGAGCGUGGCAAAUGUGGAAAACCACGAACUAGCUGGGGCUUUCACCUUGCUCACCUUAAAAGGAUUCACUCCUAAGAAAACUUCUGUGAAGGGGCGCCUGGGUGGCGCAGUCGGUUGAGCGUCUGACUUCAGC